UCAGAAUCAAUGGAGGACACAAACUGGACAUAAAGUCUCGUUUUAAACUAACUCACCUUUCCGCAGUGUCGACUCGCAGCAGCAGCAUCAUCAGCAGCAGCAGCAUCAUGUGGGUUUAUUACACACAUUUAAACAGUGCUGUGAAACUGUAGCUGAGCUGAGACCUCACAUCUCCAGGAGUCACUGCAGUGGAGGAGGGCGGCCAUGAUGGAGGACACGGAGCCGGAGUCGGAGCUUUCCCCCGCCCCCUCUGAUCGGAGCAGCCCCUCCCCCUCCCUCUCCCUCUCCUCCUCCCCCUCCCUGUCCCUCCCCUCCACCCCCUCCUCCUCUGCCCCCCCCCAGGCCUCCACCCCUCCCCUGGGUGUGAUCAGUGAGGGCGUGGCAGAGCUCAGCCUGGUGAUAGACGCUGAGGUGGCUCAGCGAGCGUGUCGGGAGGUUCUGCAGAAGGUGAAGCUGCAGCAGGUGGAGCCAGACGACCCCCUCCCGAAUGGAGAGGAGCCCCCCGACCCCACCCCAGACCCCGUCCCUUCCCCCGCUCCUGUCCCUGUCCCUGUCCCUGCCCCCGCCCCCCCUCUGAACGCCACCGUCAAACCCUCAAAGAUCCGUGAGGAAGAGAACGACCCCGAGGGCACGGCUCCCGGCUCGGUGAAGAGUGCGCGGCGGCGGCAGAGAACCAACCCCUCCAAACAGUCGUGGCUGCUCCGCCUGUUCGAGUCCAAGCUGUUCGACGUUUCCAUGGCGAUCUCCUACCUGCACAACUCCAAGGAGCCAGGGGUUCAGGCCUACAUAGGGAACCGCCUCUUCAGCUUCCCGCACGACGACGUGGACUUCUACCUGCCGCAGCUGCUCAAUAUGUACAUCCACAUGGACGAGGACGUGGGGGACGCCAUCAAGCCCUACGUGGUGCACCGCUGCAGACAGAGCAUCUCCUUCUCCCUGCAGUGCGCCUGGCUGCUGGGUGCGUACUCCUCAGACAUGCACAUCUCCACACAGCGUCACUCUCGAGGAACCAAACUGAGGAAACUGAUCCUGUCAGACGAACUCAAACCGGCGGGUCCUCGAGCUCGCAGGGACCAGCUGACUCUGACCCCCUUCUGUCCCCUGGCGGCCCCCGCCUCAGGCCCCGGGCCCCUGGGAGCAGAGCACGGUCUGUCACCCACCAAACGCACACAUCAACGCUCCAAAUCAGACGCCACCGUCAGCAUCAGUCUGAGCAGCAACCUGAAGAGAACCGCCAGUAACCCCAAGGUGGAGAGCAGCCAGGACGAGCCGGUGCGUCUGGCCCCUCAGAGGGAGUUUAUAAAGUCUCUGAUGGGUAUCGGGAAGCGGCUCGCCACUCUUCCCACUAAGGAGCAGAAGACUCAGCGUCUGAUCUCGGAGCUGUCGCUGCUCAACCACAAACUGCCGGCCAGAGUGUGGCUGCCCACCGCCGCCUUCGACCACCACGUGGUGAGAGUGCCGCACACGCAGGCCGUCGUCCUGAACUCUAAAGACAAGGCUCCGUACCUGAUCUACGUGGAGGUUCUGGAGUGUGAGAACUUCGAGACGUCCAGCGUUCCGAUGCGGAUCCCGGAGAACCGGAUCAGGAGCACACGGUCUGUGGAGAACCUGCCGGACUGCGGCAUGACGGCGGAGCAGCGCGCCGGCAGCUUCUCCACCGUCCCCAACUACGACAACGACGACGAGGCGUGGUCGGUGGACGACAUCGGAGAGCUGCAGGUGGAGCUGCCAGAGAUCCACACCAACAGCUGUGACAACAUCAGUCAGUUCUCGGUGGACAGCAUCACCAGUCUGGAGAGCAAAGAGCCGGUGUUCAUCGCUGCUGGAGACAUCAGGCGGCGUCUGUCGGAGCAGCUGGCUCAGACCCCCACCACCUUCAAACGGGACCCUGAGGACCCGUCAGCUGUGGCCCUGAAGGAGCCCUGGGAGGAGAAAGUCCGGAGGAUCAGAGAAGGAUCUCCUUACGGUCACCUUCCUAACUGGAGGCUGCUGUCUGUCAUCGUUAAAUGUGGAGACGACCUGAGACAGGAGCUGCUGGCCUUCCAGGUGCUGCAGCAGCUAAAGUCCAUCUGGGAGCAGGAGCGCGUCCCCCUCUGGAUCAAGCCCUACAAGAUCCUGGUGCUGUCGAUGGACAGCGGGAUGAUCGAGCCCGUGAUGAACGCCGUGUCGCUCCACCAGGUGAAGAAGCACAGCCAGCUGUCUCUGCUCGACUACUUCCUGCAGGAGCACGGCGCUCCCACCACAGAGGCCUUCCUCACCGCUCAGAGGAACUUCGUCCAGAGCUGCGCAGGAUACAGUCUGAUCUGCUACCUGCUGCAGGUUAAAGACAGACACAACGGGAACAUCCUAUUGGACGCUGAGGGUCACAUCAUCCACAUUGACUUCGGCUUCAUCCUCUCCAGCUCGCCCAAAAACCUCGGCUUCGAAACGUCCGCCUUCAAACUCACCACGGAGUUCGUAGAGGUGAUGGGCGGUCCAGACGGCGACAUGUUUAACUACUACAAGAUGUUGAUGCUUCAGGGUCUGAUAGGAGCCAGGAAACACAUGGACCGAGUACUGCAGAUAGUGGAGAUCAUGCAGCAAGGGUCCCAGCUGCCCUGUUUCCAUGGUUCCAGCACCAUGCGGGGUCUGAAGGAACGGUUCCACAUGUCUCUGACGGAGGAACAGCUGCAGCUGCUGGUGGACCAGCUGGUGGAGGGCUCCAUGCGCUCGCUCACCACCAAGCUGUACGACGGCUUCCAGUACCUCACCAACGGCAUCAUGUGACCCUGUGUGUGUGUGUGUGUGUGUGUGUGUGUGUGUGUGUGUGUGUGUGUGUGUGUGUGUGUGUGAGAGCAGCAGUGAACAAACAGACUGGUUUUAUAAGCGGAGACGACGAGCGGCUCUCUCUGUCUUCUUUUUUUUUUUUUUUUUUCUCUUCGUCGUCUUUUCUCUGGAAGAAUCAAUUUUUUUUCUCGUGCUCUUCUUCUUCUUCUUCUUCUUCUUCUUCUUCUUCUUCUUCUUCUUCUUCUUCCUUUUUUUCCACAUGAUUUAUUU